UAUUGUUAAUUUUAGUUUUCUUUUUUUUAGUGACAUGGAUGCUGCAAAAUUAUUUUCCGACUGUAACGAUGAUUUUUCACAAGCACCUUCAGAUAGUUGUCCAGGACCAUCUGCCAGAUCUUUGUCACAAACAGAAAAUAUAACAAUUAGUAAUUUGGAAGAAGAAAUUGUCAUCCAGGAUGAUAGUGAAUCUGCCAAAGAAAACUCGAAACAAUAUAAUUCAAAUGAAAAUAAAGUUUCACAAUCAUGGAUCUUAUCUAGUUGUAGAAGUAAUGAAAAGGAAUCACAGUCUAGUUCUGGUGCAAACAAUUCUCAAGUGAUUCGGUGUUUGCAGGAAUCGUUAACUGUUGUCUCUGGUGAAGCAAUGCCUCUUGAAAUAUCUGACUUGCAGAAUGUGAUCGAGUAUGAAGUUCCUGUCAACACAUCAAAGUAUUUUAGAGUUCGAGCAAAUGUUGAAUCGUGCAAACCAAAUAAUGGUACAACUGUUGUACAUUGUUGCCCAAUCACAGGAAUAGCGUUUCCAACAACCAAUACAGGAAAACCUCUCAAUUUCACUGGGGAUGUGCAAGCAUUUGUAAAAAUCUGGAGAAAGGUCCGAGGACUUGAUUCUCAAAACACUGAAUCUUCAUGUUCCAUAAUUGGUAUGGACUCACAGUCGGCAUCGCAGUGGGAUCUACCAACUUCACAAGGAACCAACCCAGUAAAAAUAAGAGAAUAUGAUUGUCAAAAAGAUGGAAGCAGAUGGGAGAGUGUGGAAGCGGAGAAAUUUGUUGUCAGAAAAAGAAAACUUAAUGGAAAAACAUUCAAGAUUUUAUAUUUGUUGAAGGUAGAAGAUUAUGGAACAGAUCGUCUGAUACAGCACAGUUCUAAAUAUGAUCGUGUGAUACAAACUGUACCUCUUUCGUUGAUGCUUUCAACAUCACCUCCAGCAGUAGGAAUACAACAUGGAGUAUUUUACUACAGCUGUCCUGCCUAUGCCAUCCCACCAUGUCUACCAACUUUGAAAGAAGAAGCAGAAUCUUUUAUUGAAAGCCGAAUAUCAAGCACAAUGAAUUGCCCCACUCUUGUACCUCGAUUUAGUCUUAAUCUAACUCUGGCCGAUGGAAAGGUAAAGCUUGAGAAUGUGACUCUGGCAUCUAAUAAAGCGGCUGAAUUCUUUUGUUGUACCACACCACAAGACUAUUUGUUGAACAUAAAUAAAGUUGCUGAUAGUAUUGAUGAAUGCAUAAACGAAAUGGUGAAUGGGCCAACUCUUCUAGAAUGUAUAAUUGAGAAAAAAUCAAGGAAGAGAUCAAACACAGAGGAUGCUAAGCCUUAUUAUAUUUAUGAUAUUUGCAACACUUCACUUAGAUGCUGAACUGUUCCAUAUGUACGUUUUUUUUCUUAAUAUUCGUUGAAUUCAAAAAUACACACAUUCACAAAUUUCAUAUUA